AAUUCUCCGCCUGCAACUUGAUCCAUCCAUGGACAGACCCGCACCGCCUGACCCCAUGGAGUCCGUGGUGCAGAGCCUGAUCGCGGAGACGAACUGGCAGCUUUCAGCGCAAGCCAUGGAUGACCUGGGCGGUCUCAAUAACCUGGCGAAUCUCACGCUCGAUCUAACUCAGCGCACUCAUCCCCACUUCAAAGUCUGCAAAUGGAAAUGGAAGUCCGCCCUCAAGCGAGAUCAAUUCGAAACAGCUUGUUCGGCCACGCCUCAGACAGAACUUUCGGUCCGGGACGCUCAAGUGUGGCGAGCCUGGCUCCAAAAAGCCCAACGAGAAUGGUAUCAACCCCAGAAAGAUGCACCCAAUACGAUUGAGGCUCCACGCUCCGAUCGACCCGUCCCACCACCAAUAGUUCAUGCCCCGCCUACUGCCGGUCCGCCGGGCGUUCGAAAGAAGGCAACGCUAGACCAAUGGCUCACACCUGCGGGCCCAAGUGGAGCCGGGGCCACUUUUGGCCUCAAGCGAGGUCUGAAUCCGGUCGAAGAUCAGAAUCGGGGGUCCAGUGAGCCCAAGAAAAGAAAUUUCGGGUUGGGGGCGUUCGGAUUUGAUCCCCCCGCUAAUGCACCUCCGACGCCGUUCGCUUCUUAUGAUGCCAGUGGUGCCAUGGGUCGGAAACCCAAAUUCGGGUUAUGUCCGGCCAUGGAGGCCGACGCCUCUCGGGCCUCUUCGUUGCAUAGGACUGCGACACCGAGGCUGCCCGAAAGGGUCGAAAAUGCCGAUACACCCCGCCCCAAUCCGUUUCGCACGGCCAGCGAGCAACUUGUGGUCAAUUAUCAACGCCAAGGGCGACUGCCACAGAGUUCGACCCAGACAGGCCCCUCGUCGGCCACUUUGAUGAAGAAAAGUUUAGGCGUAGCCAAGCCCUCGGGAUAUGGCUCAUUUCGCUCCCCGGUGGUGAGCGGUCAUGAAACCAAUCCGACUUCCACCCCUCUGGUCUCGACUUCGAAUGUGGAAAAACCUUCGUCAUCCACCGAAAUUGAGGUGACGGACGAACGGUAUAAGAACGUUGAUCCAAAAAUGGUAGAACUCAUCGAAAAUGAGAUCAUGGAUACGGGAUCGGCUAUAGUUUGGGAGGAUAUUGCCGGUUUAGACUUCGUAAAAACCACGGUAAAGGAGAUUGUGGUGUUUCCCAUGCUUCGCCCAGACAUUUUCAAAGGACUCCGAGCACCCCCCAAGGGUCUCUUACUUUUUGGGCCCCCCGGUACGGGCAAAACUUUGAUCGGCAAAUGCAUCGCCUCGCAGUCAAAUUCCACGUUCUUCUCUAUUAGUGCUUCAUCUCUUACUUCUAAAUGGGUUGGAGAAGGAGAGAAAAUGGUUCGUGCCUUGUUUGCUGUGGCCUCUGUUCGCCAACCGUCGGUUGUCUUCAUUGAUGAGAUUGAUUCAUUGUUGACACAACGCUCGGAUACCGAACACGAGAGCUCAAGACGGAUUAAGACCGAGUUCCUCGUACAAUUGGAUGGAGCCACAACCCAAGGUGACGAGCGAAUUCUGGUGGUGGGGGCCACGAAUCGACCUCAAGAGUUGGACGAGGCCGCCAGGCGAAGACUAGUCAAGCGACUUUAUGUACCGCUACCAGAAGCUGAGGCUCGAUUUCAAAUCAUUCAGCGCCUAAUGGUGAAGGAGCGUCACGAACUCUCAAGAGAGGACAUGAUGGAAAUUGUCCAGGAAACGGAUGGAUAUUCAGGAGCCGAUAUGACUAAUUUGUGCAAAGACGCAGCCAUGGGGCCCAUACGGAGUCUGGACUAUAGCAAAAUCGAAUCAAUCGACACCCUGGAUGUUCGGCCAAUCCGCGUAAUCGAUUUUAGGGAUGCGUUGCGGCAAGUCAAGGCAUCGGUGUCAGACCGUGAUCUCGCCCUGUACCUCGAUUGGAACAACAAGUUUGGCAGCGGGAAAUAAUAAUUUGAAUAGGAAUAAAUUAAUUGUCAUGUCAUGGA